UGGGAUAAGUAUAUAAAUGCAGUUCUCUUUGCUUAUAGAGAGUUACCGCAGGAAAGCUUGGGGUUCUCACCUUUUGAAUUAGUCUAUGGAAGGCAAGUACGAGGUCCCAUGUCUAUUUUGAAAGAACUUUGUACCAAGGAAAUAGAAGAUCCAAACGUGAAAACAACUUAUCAGUAUGUUUUAGAUCUGAAAGAGAGAUUGCAGUCCAUGGCCCAGCUUGCCAGAGAAAACCUUGAAAAAUCCGCCACCAGGUACAAGAAGUACUACGAUAAGAAAGCUAGAAAUAGAUCUCUAAAGGUAGGUGACAAAGCUCUUAUUUUAAUGCCUACAGACAACAAUAAGUUGCUUCUCCAAUGGAAAGGGCCUUUUGAGGUUUUAAAGAAGGUAAACCGUGUUGACUAUCAGUUGAAAAUGAAUGGAAAAGUAAAGACUUUUCACAUUAAUCUACUCAAGAAAUAUGUUGAAAGAGCACAAUGUAACAAUGUUCUUUUUGUGACUGAUGGAAGUGUAUUUGGUUCAAUAAAUGCUACAUUUGUGGACUGUGUGGAAGACACAACACAGGAAGGACAGUUAGAUGACUAUCCGGCACUAGAUUCUGACCAAGGCACAGACGUGGAUAUCAAUGGUUUGCUAUCGACCGAGGAAAGGGAAAAGUUGAUGAGUACUAUAGCCAAGUAUGGUGACGUUCUACAAGACCAACCAGGAAGUACGAAUAUUUUAGAACAUGACAUCCGCAUGGUAAGUGAUAAGCCAAUACAUGUCAAAACACGUUCAGUCCCCUUUUCUUUGGAAGAAACAGUCAACAAAGAGAGACAUUUGAACAUCAUCUCAAAGUACUUGACGAACUUUUUCAGCGUCUACGUAGUGCAGGUCUAACUGCUAAACCAAGUAAGUGCUCAUUGGCCUAUUCCAGUUUGAAUUGUCUAGGUCAUGUGAUUGGCAAUGAACAAUUGAGACCAAUGUUGGACAAGGUCAAGGCUAUACAAGAUGCACCAAGACCAGAAACUAAAAAACAACUACGAUCGUUCCUUGGGUUAAUAGGAUUCUAUCGUAAGUUUGUUCCAAACUUUGCAUGUAUUGCAUUGCCAUUAACUGAUUUGACUAGGAAAGGGUGCCCAACCAAACUUGUGUGGGAAAAAUGUCAUGAAAUUGCAUUUCAGUCUUUGAAGUCGUCACUAACUCAUUCUCCUAUUCUGAAAUUACCAAACAUAAAGGAGCCUUUUAUACUUCAGACUGAUGCAUCUGAUAGAGGUUUGGGAGCUGUCUUGUUUCAGAAAGUAGAAGAUCAAAAGUUACCAGUAGCAUACGCGAGUAGGAAGUUGAAAGAGUGUGAAAGUGCGUACGCAACAGUAGAGAAAGAAUGUUUGGCUAUUGUUUGGGGCCAUUCAGAAAUUUCAAAAGUAUUUAUACGGUCAAGAGUUUGUUCU